GAGUCUCGUUUCAAGUGUCUCUCCUUGUCUCAAUCGGACGGUCACCGGGUCACACAACAACACGGUUUCGGGUCACAAUCAGAAAGCAGCAACGGAACAAGAUCGGCGAGCCCCGCGUGAAGGCUUAGCAGAUUUAAGGGAAAGAGAGGAUAGAGAUACACACUUUGCCAUUAAAGUGCUUAUCAACGAACGGAGCGUGAGGCUGUUUGGUGUUUUACCAGCCUCUUUCUCCCUGCCACCUCGUUCGUCUACGCAUCCUGCGGUCCGGCCAUCAUGGGUUCCAAACAGAGCAGCCACACGUUUCACUGCAACGAGUUCCUGAAUGGAAAGGGACCCCCUGCACUGAUUACACAAGCUAAUGAGGAGAUGAAUAUCAGGUACAAGGAGCUGAGGAGGGUGCAGCCCGACGGCCAGAUGACCUGGGUGAUCCUCCACCGAGACCUCCCUGGCUACCAUAGCGACAACACGCUGCAGAUCAGCUUCAUCUUCGCCGACGGAGUGCAGACGGAGAGUCACCCUAACCCUGGGAAGCCCUUCGCCGGGCUGCGGCAGUGGGCCUACCUGCCCGAUAACCGGGAGGGCCGCAAGGUCCUGCAGCUGCUGGACAAGGGCUUCAGCCGGGGCCUCAUCUUCACCGUGGCAACCAAUGAGGAAGGAGUGGACAUAGUGUCGCCGUUGGACGUCCCUCUCAAGACGCAGCCAGAUGGCGGGACUUCGAAGACCAGCUACCCAGACCCCGACUACCUGAAGAACGUGAGGAAGAUACUCAAAGACAAAGACAUUGAGUAAGACCAGACAGACGGACAGAAGGAUGGAAGAUUGUGGGGACAGACAGAGCCCUGGCGGCACAACGAUUUGAGAUAUGCAGCAGGUCUACCUGAUCGCUAUGCAACAUCCGCCUUGAAACUAUGGCUUGAUACCUGGUUAUGUACAUUCCUCGGGUGACGUGUCUUGUAAGAGGAAUUGCCAAAGCAUCUCUCCAAAGCAAGAUAAAGAAGGUUCUGAUAGACACGACAACUGAAGAUACAACUGUCGUUAACAGUGUACAGUAUGAUCAGAAUCCAGUCUGUAUUGAAAACUAGAUUUAUAUGAACACACACAGCAAUAUUUUAUCUUAUUGCAUUAUAACAUGCAUGAACUGCCUCUGCUUACCUGUACAAAAGUAUUUUUUUUCCUUUUUAAAAAUAUAUUUAAUGCAUUAAACAUGCUCCAAUUAUGUUCUUGUACUUUGUAUGCUUGAAGGUUUGGCCUUUCAAAAAUGCUCCUCAGGUUUAGCCUACUGUGUUUGGUCCGGCAGUACUCUGUAACCUACUGAGUACCAUCACACUGUAGUGUGGUCAAUUAAAGGUUGUGUGUGAGGCAAAGCUCUGUGGUUU